AUAAGUACCCGUCCUGCAGCCUGUUCGGUUUGUGUCUAUGUGAGAAGUCAGAGGGGUUAGGUCUAAAUCCACAACCCACAGCCUUUUUUCCGGACUCAUUCUGAACCAACAUGGAGGUCAGCGCGGAGGCCAAGAGGGUCAUGGUCGUGGCUUUGGGGAAACUGUACAGCUCGCGCACCCAGAGGGGGGGUCUCCGUCUCCACCGGAGCCUCCUCCUCACCAUGGUCAUGAAAUCUGCCCGGGACAUUUACCACGCGGCGCAGGCGGCAGAGGAGAGCCUCCUCCCGGGCUGUGAGCAGAUCCACUACAUGGAGGGGGGGACCCCAGACUCUGCAGACCCUGCAGACCCUGCUGCUCAGCCUGAAGCCCAGGGUCCUGUCCCCGGGGAAGAGACCGGAGGAGAACGCACGGAGCUGCGCCAUGACGCACACACGGAGCUGCGCCAUGACGCACGCAUGCGCACCGCUGACAACAAGGAGAACCAGUCUCCAGCUGUGGGUCAGUCCCAACACUCCAGGAAGAGAAGGGGCAAAGCAGCUGUGGAGCCGGACUUCCUGCCCUGCAAGAAGGCCAAACUGGAACAGGGACUCUGUCCUCAGCCUUUACUCGUGAGCUCCGUUCUGAACUGCAGCAGUGAACUGGGUUCACCACAGACCCCCAUGCCUCUGCUCAGAGUCAUUGCAGUGUGUUGAAACCCUGUGCAGGUCAUGGGAAUAAAAUGUUUCCACAUGGGAGUGUGGGCGAGCCUGAACCAGGACGCUGGAAGGAACCCGGAUCCGGGGGCCCAUAAAACCUAAACAUGGCUCUCACCAAGCCGGGGCAUGUUUGAGGAAGGAGCCGGGCCGGGUGCAGAGCUCUCCCUGACUUUUGGCCUAGAUGUUGGACACUGUUCCUCACAGAGAGCAGAGCAGCGGGUCAAAGGUGGACCUGAAGGACUGGACUUGUCCGGAGGAGGCCUUAAACUGCCUUAAUGAACCUUUUCACCAAAACCUGUUCAGAGAGCAGGACCCUCUGAUCCACAUGAACCUCUGAUCCACAUGAACAUCUGAUCCACAUGUUGAAGCUUUGUGUCCAGAGUGAUGACUGAAGUGUAAACCUUUCAAUGAUUCAACUACCUCAGUAUUUAUUAAACAUGAUUUGACUCAA